AUGGACCUUUCCCACAUCCUCGGAGCCGCUAGACGGACACCUCGCCAUGUCUUUCGCAGCUCUGGCUCGGCAGCCCUGCUACCAAUCGCCCGGCGCUCGCUCUCGCACACCUACCGCCAGCACCCAACGCUGCGAGCCGAUCCAUCCGACCCUUCGUCGCCUCUGCUGUCUCGCGUCUCUGGGCCCACAGACAAGCCGCUCUCGGAGCUCACCCUGGGUCAGUUCUGGAAGGAGACCGUCGCGAGCCAUGGCGACCGGCAGGCGCUAGUAUCGCUGCACGAGCCAGCAACUCAGCAUGCCGUCGGCAGCCUGUCGUCCAGCAAAACAGGGGAUGGCUGCAUCCGAUGGAGCUAUGCCGACAUGGACGAGCACAUCAAGCGCCUGGUCGCCGGUCUGAGGCGAUUGGGCGUCAAGAAGGGUCAGAGGGUGGCAGUGCUCAUGAUGAACUCGUCGGCCUACGGAGCUCUGCAGUGGGCCACGGCUGAGAUCGGUGCGAUCCUCGUGACCCUCAACCCCGCCUACGGCACCAACGAGCUGCGACGGGCCCUCAAGCACGUCGCAGCCUCGACUCUGGUGUUUGUGCCGUCCCUCAGGACAUCCGACUACCUCGCCAUGAUUAACGAGCUGCUUCCUUCGCUCCACAGCGCAGGCGGCAGCGGCUCAGAGAUCGCCGAAGAGUCCCUGCCCGACCUGAAGCGUCUCAUCUUGGUCGACAACCUCACCUCGAGGCCGCGGGGCUGGGAGAGCACGAGCCUCUUGUCGAGCCAGGGCAAGUCGUUUGCCGACGCCCUCGACCGUCUCAACAACCGCGCACUCGACUACCGGGACCUGCUCGACGGCAACAGCGCCGGGUUGUCCGACGAGGCAGAGCAGGUCACCAACGAAGACGUUGUCAACCUUCAGCUAACCAGUGGCACUACCGGGACGCCCAAGGCCGUGGCGCUCACUUCUCGCAACCUGCUCAACAAUGGCAUCGCCAUCGGCGAUACGAUGAGGUUCACGGAGAAGGAUAUCCUCUGCAACGUACCGCCCCUCUUCCACUGCUUCGGACUUGUGCUCGGCAACCUGGCUGCCUGGACUCACGGUGCCUCGGUCGUCUACGCGGCAGAGGGCUUCGAUCCGAUCCGCACUCUACGAGCCGCUUCGCAGGAGCGUUGCACCGCCCUCCACGGCGUCCCGACGCACUUCAUUACCGAGCUCGAGGCGCUGCAGGAUGUUCAGGACCACGUCCGCGACCCAGAGGCCUAUCCGCUUCCCAAGGGCGUCAACGAGGGCGAGUCCUUCACCUUCCCCAACCUGCGCACCGGUCUGACCAGCGGCAGCACCGUUCCGAUCGAGCUCAUGAAGCAAAUCAUGGAUCCGCACAAGUUCGGCGCCAAGGCGCAGACGGUCGUCUAUGGGCAGACAGAGACCUCUCCCGUGACGUUCGGAUGUGACAUCGAUGCGCCAAUCGAGAAGCGGUGCGAGACGGUGGGCAAGGUCUAUCCGCACGUUCACGCCAAGAUUGUCGACCCCGAGGACCCCGCGGGCAAGCCUCUGCCGAUCGGCGUUCCAGGCGAAAUCUGCACGGCGGGCUACAUCCUGAUGAAGGGCUACUGGAACGAUGAGGCUCGCACCGAAGAGGCCGUUGCGCGGCACCCCGACGAGCCCGACAUCCGGUGGAUGAAGACGGGCGAUAUCGGCGUGAUGGACGAGGAGGGUUAUGUGCGCGUCAUUGGCCGGUCCAAGGACAUCAUCAUCCGCGGAGGCGAGAACCUGUUCCCGAUCAAGAUCGAAAACUGCCUCGACCAGCUGGAAGGCGUGGCCAGCAACGCCGUUAUUGCGGUGCCGGACGAAAAAUACGGCGAGGCCGUGGGCGUGUUUGUCCUCCGCUCGCACCACUCGAAGCCGGUCGAGGCUGCCGCGAUCCGGAGUUUCGUGCGCGAGCACCUCGGCGGCCAGAGCGCACCGCAGUGGGUCUGGUUCCUCGGCGAGAACGGCCUGGCCGAUGACUUCCCCAAGACGGCCUCGGGCAAGGUCCAAAAGGUGAUCUUGCGUGACUGGGCAAAAGAGCUGGCGAGCAAGGGCGAUGGCAAGGUGCAGCAGGCUCAGGUUGCGGCGUGA